AUGCAGCAGAAUGGCUCGAGCGGUUCCAACGGUUCUGACGGCUGCGGCAGCAGGGAUCGCCAGUCUCUGUCCUUCUCCAGCCCGCUGCCCGCCGCCUCGACACGGGUGAGGAGGUUCAUUCAGGAGAGACGGACGCUCCCCCUUCCCAGAGUGAUGGUGGUAUUCUCGGCGGCGGGUGACACCGAGAAACAGGGCGAUGCCAUGUCCAGCUCGGACCCUCUGGAGGACGAGUGUAGAAAGCCGGCCUCCCCAGUGCCGAACUUCACCCUCAGCAACCCGCUCCGGUCCUCCCUGAAUGCACAAGAGCAGGAGGUAGGCCGACCAACUGGGCUGGAAAGGCAGACUAAAACAGCAUGAAUAAGCUAAAAUCACCAAACCUCAACUGGGUAACACUUGACUCAAAACAAAAACUGAAAAAUUAGACUCCAUUAUACACAAGAUUUAUGACACAAAGUAUACAAAAGUGGAAAUAAGACAGUUAAUUUUAGUGACACCCAUAAUCACUGCGUAUAAACUCCAGUGUAAAUUCACAAUACUCAACAAAUAACCAUCAUGACAGCUGUACAUGACUAUAUUACAGAGCCAGGACUGGGCUGAGCUGAUAAUUGGCUCGCUGUCUUGUUCAGGACCUUUGCUAAUGAACAUGGGAUAUGUUCAGCCUCCUCAUGAAAACAACAAGGUUACAGCAGAAUAAUCCUCUUAUUAGUGUGGUGUGACAGAGAAGUCAUGGCUGCUUCAAAACUCAGAUCAACCCACACACUUCCUUUCACUAUUUGAAUAAUCAGGAGGAGUUGUGAAUCAGCCUUUAUUUUAAUUCAUUUAAUUUUCCGGUCACCUGACUGCAUGGAGUCAUUUUCCAUGAACAAACCCUUCAAAAAUACAGUGUUUGUCACGGAUAAAACUGAUUACAUCUGUAUCAACAAGCAGUGUUGCUACACAGUGCAUCCUAGUGGUUGCAUAUUUAAAUGUGCUCUGUGGAGACAAACACCUCUUAACAUUAUAGGAUAUAUCUAUGCAAAUAUCUUUAUCAUGCUUAAUGUAAGAUUGGGGUUGGGAUUGCAAAGUAACUCAUGACACAAUACCUGAUAUGUUACCCCUGAUAACAUAAACACCAUGAUACAGCAAUUCUGCAGUAACGGAUAUUUUGCAAGACAGUCAUAUAAUGAUGUCUGGUUUACUGAAUAAUACAAAGCCCCUCUAAAAGGCUAAGAGCAGGAUAAAUGACAUUAGUGCCACCAUGAUGAGCCAUACUCUCAUGAGUCAAUGAGACACACCAGAUUGUCUGAACAUCCCUAUCGUGUUGUAAGCAAAACAUUGAUAGCUGGUGUUUGUAAAACAGUGAUUGUAUCCUAUUAGGAAGGACUAUGACAUACUGCUAAAUUGAUAUUGUGUCCAAGAUUACUUGUUCCAUAUGAAUAAAGCAGAUAAAAAAGAAAAAAAAAAGUGUGACAGCGCCACCUGAAGGUCCUUGGCAUUUACUCAUAUUAAGGCCAAUUCAAUCUUCAAUUUGUCAAUAAAUAAAAUUAAAAGAUAAACUGUCAUUAGUUCAUACAGAGGAUCCAACUGAGGAGUGAUACAAGCACCUUUACAACAAGAAUGUUUAAACCUAAAAUAGACAAAAUGUCAAACUGCAAAUUUUGAUAGUACGCGAAGAAUAUAAGAGAUAGUUACUUCAAUUAGUCUGGUAGGGAAAAACCUACAGAUGUGGUCCAAAACCAAUGUGGAUGAAUAAAAACUUGGUGAACUACAAGCGAAAAAUUGCCCCUAAAAUGAAAAUCCAAACUAACAUUUUUUAAGCCUUUCUACUUUUGAAUAAAGGUCCAUUUAAGAGCAAAUAGCCAUCUAUGGAGUUAAUGUUUAAAAAAAAUCAGAUUUUUAAGUAAUUCCUUUUAUUGUUUUGGUACGUAAUGAUAGAUUUCACUUUUAAAUUCACUUUUAAAUGUAUUCUCCUUUUUCUGACUGCAGUUUCCAGAGGUCAUCUCUCUGAACGUUGGGGGCACAUACUUCACCACCCGCCUAUCCACUCUGCGGCGAUUCGAGGACACCAUGUUGGCAGCCAUGUUCAGUGGGCGUCAUUACAUCCCACAAGACGCUGACGGACGCUACUUCAUUGAUCGGGAUGGAACUUAUUUCGGGUGAGUAUCGCUGUGUGAAUCUUGGUGGAUCCUGUGAAACCAGGGAGCAGAUUAGACCGUCAAAUAUUCACAGUUUGUACGUCUUUCAUCUGACAGACAAAAACACAACAUCAUUACCAUCACAAUGAUUCAGCAAAGUUUGUAAUUAGGCUUUUUGACUGCUGCUUAUAUUCUGAUGAGUAUGACACAAACACAGAGGAGGCUUCUCUGCAUGUAUAGGAAGUGUUUAACUGGCAGCUGUGAGAUAACAUUUGAUUGCUAAAGAGCUCAUGCCUCAAUCUGCUGUGUUUCAAAAAGCUGCUGAUGGUAUCUCAUUAUAUUUUGACAGAAGGUUUUCAUGAGUCAGGAUGUCAGUGCAAAAAUGUUCUCUCUGCCUUCUGCCGGUGCUGUCAAACUUAUUUAGAUAUCUUUUUUCUCUGUGAUGCAGUGGUUUUUGAAUAGAAACAAACCAAUAAUGAGAAAAAAAUCUGCUGAUGUUCAUAGCUUAGCUUUCAAAAAGGUCUGUGUCUCGUAAGUCAGUAAUUGGGCUGUUGUGUAUGGUGGAGGAGUGAAAAUGCAGCAGCACUGUGAGCAAAGCAAGCAGAAACAGACUGAAAAGGUGCAACUAAUUAAAAAUAAUGACCUGUGUGGGUCAUUCCUGUGGUCAUCUCAACUUGUGUUAUCAUGAACAUAAUCAGGGUUUGCUUAGAAAACAGCCACACUGCAGGCUUUUGUUCUCUGAUCCGAGCAUGCUAAAUUGCUCUCGGACACAAAUCUCGAGAUGCCUCAUUUUGACAGCAACAUGCACCCCAUCUUAAUUCAGUGUGUGUAGGCAUGCAACAAUGCCCCUGAAGACAUACUGCAGCUGGGGCUGAUGGGAAGGAUAUUGACAGAUUGAAUCUUGAUUUAUUGGUGGUAACCUGUAGGACUGGCUUGUAUACAUGUUUUAUGUAUGCAUGUCCUCACAAUCUGAACACUGUUUGUUCAUAGACAUGUUAUAUUCCAUGUUAUUCUUUCUUUUUGCAUAUUUUUACUAGGGCCUGGCUGAUUUAUUAUUAUUAUUAUUAAAUCGGCCAAUUUUAGCCCAUUUGAGACUAAUCAGUAAUCGGCCAAAACUUGCAGAUUUUCGACGAUAUUUUCAGUUCCGCCAUUUGAAAAGUUCCCCGACUUAUCCUGUAGAUGGCGCAGCGACCUCAUGACAAUGUUCAUCCACUAACUACCUCACAGCACAGCAGAGUGACGAUGUUCCUCGCUGUGCUGGUCUCGGUCACGCCGAGUAAACAGUGAAGCACCAUGUAAUAUGCAAGCUAAAGUUAGAGUUAGCCAUCUGCUAUUAGCCUUGCUACACUGUUAGCCGUGCCAGUAACGUUAGAAUAAACAACAGUACACAUUACGUGAUCGAGCUACAUCUCUUACUGAGGCAGCUGCAUGUCUCCAAAUGGGGGGGGUUAUAACUUCAUUAAAAAAAAUUUAAAAAACGGCUGAGUAAUCGGAAAUCUGAUUUUUUCCCCCCAAUAAUUGGUAUUCGCAUCAGCCCCAAAAAAUACAUACCGGUCGGGCCCUAAUUUUUACAAACAAACCUGUUUUCAUCUACUUCUACUUCUGUGUUUAUCUCUGGUAUGUGAGUUUUAUACCUUAAUUAUGCUAGUUUUGAUAGUGAAUGACAAGCACAGUUCAAGAAAAUUAAUCAGCAACUAGCCUGAAGAGAAAUAUAAAUGUAAACACGUGGGAUUAGGUCAGAACAGUCAGAACAGAGUCUAGAAAAUUCUUUCAUUAUAAAAAGGAAUAUUUAAAUGCUGCUUUUAACGCUCCUCAGGCUUUGAACACUAUUUUGCAGGAAGUGAAAAGUCAACAUUUACUUGAGGCCAGCACUCCUAAUGAGCUGUUUUUCUGUUUCAUGAUGUUAGAUAAUGGCACAGUGCUGUGCUUCUUCAAAAAGACUUGUUUUAAGCAAGUCAGGAGUAACCCAUCUGAAAAAGAUUUCAGUGGAGGCGCAUCUUAUACGAGAACAACUUUGAGCAACUCUGCACCAGGAGAAGUCAGAAGAUCACCGGAGUUAGAGAGCUUGAUCCUCUUGUGACUGAGCCUCUCUCCAAAAUUUCAUGAGAUAUUUUCAGUCCUGUCUAAAAUGGACCAACUUUUCCAUCUCCUGUGUGGCUUGAAAGCAACAGCAUGCAGAGUCAAAAUGUAGGGCUUGAGUGAGAAGUGGGUUGAGGUUAGGCAGGUCACUUCUCAGUAUAUGCAGCCUGUGUCUGUCUGUGCAUUAAAGAUUUAUAAAGACAGAUGUGACAGAAUGGGGGAUGGAAAACUCACAUAAUAUAGAUAUAUAUAUGUUAUAGAGCAGCCCACUGCAGGUAUACAUAGACAUUCAGACAAAGCCUUUUCAUUCGGGACCUGGGGAUUUUUGCCAACUGUCUUGUUUUUAAAGCUAUUGUCUUGGAGGGGAAUAAUCGGAUUCUUUUGCUGUUGUGUUGCACAUUGCAGCAGCUUCUCCUGCAGGGCUGUUCGGUACUUUUCUGCAUUCAUUUCAUUUUCUUUGUUUACAAGCCUGCCAGGUUUUGCUGCAGAGUGGUAGAAUAAUAUCAACUUAAUUGGACAAGUGCAGAGAAGUCAGACUCUAGCCUCAGCGAUUCUCAGGACCUUCACACUUGCUGCUUAGAAGAAGUGUAAGAAGACAUUAUAGAUUUCAAACCAUAUGAAGGUGAACAACAGUUACAUUUAGGAAGAGUGUCCAGGUUCAAAGGUCUUUAAAAAAAUCCUUUUUAGCAAGAGUACCAAAUAGUUUAAGUCAUAUCCCUUUAAUUGUUAUAAUCUCUUUGAUUUUCAAACAGAUUUACUCCUCUUGAACUUACAUUGCUUUUCAGGUAGGUCUCCUUUUUUUAUACUGAUUCUGUCUCUCUCUAAAGGGACAUCCUGAAUUUCCUCCGGGAGGGCGAGCUUCCUCACAGAGACCGAGUGCGGGCGGUGCACAGGGAGGCUCAGUAUUACUCCAUCGGCCCGCUGCUGGACAGCCUGGAGGACAUUCAGCCGCUCACAGGGGAGAAAGUCCGACAAGCUUUCCUCGACCUGCUGCCCUACUACAAAGGUAUUCUGUCAAACACACAUGCUAUAUAAAAGUAUAAAAGCACACGUUUAUCACAUUUUGGAGGCAAUCAUGACUCAAAAUCUUCCAUCAUUCAUGUGUUCACAUACACGUGCACAUGUGUUUGUGUGGGUUUGAUAGACUGACACUGUAGACUAUGAAGUCAGUCAUGUGGCCCAUACUUUUUGGCUUGUCUGCUCAACAUUUUGGCAAAUUCUGCACCACUAAUAGUAUCCUGAUUUAGACAUAAGCAUCUUGCCACGUGUGUAUGGACAAAUUUCACUGUAGCAAGAAUUCAGUACACCAGUGGAAACCCAAUGAAUGUGUCUGAGAUUUCAGAGGUUACACACUGAAUCUAGAAUAUUUUUCCAUGUCUGUUUGGUCAGACUGAAGUGAGAUGUAGUUCUGAUAUUCAUAUCCUGGUAAAACAAGGGAUUAGGGUUUUUAAAAAUACUAUAACUGCUUCUUUAAAACACAUUUCACUAUCAGUGAUGCUCUAACUACUUACUGUUUCUGUAAGUGGGUGAAAUCAUAUCCAAAUUUAAUACACAACUCUCUUUUUACAUGCAGUGCUCCCCUGACUGAGUGUACAUUUGCUGCCUCACAUCCGAUUAUCUAACUCUACUGUGUUGUCUGGUUUGACAGCAGGUAUAAUCAACCCUGUUGAUUAAGAAGAGGAAUUUUGGCUCAGUUUUAGUUUCUCCAGAACGAGACACAGUCUGUGCAAAUGAGGGGAACACUGUGUCAGUUUCUGAUAGCUGAACCAGUCAGCACUGUUGGUACAGCUUAUAUUAGUAGAAAGGAAGAGUGGUAGGGGGUCUUUAUUAUCAUUUAGAUCCUUUUAAGGAUCUGUGCUUCACCACAUGUAUAAAUUCAUAUAAUAAAACUGCAAAAACGAGCUAAUUACUAUGAUCACACGGAGCCACUUUUUCUAAAUUCUCAUGUAAUGACAUUUUUUGAUCUGUUUUAUUCUAAAAUAAUGCAAAUAAUCUUUAGAGUAAAAUCAAAAACACUCCCUGACUCAAUACAGAAGUUCUUUUCAAUUCAGGACAGUCUGUAUAAUCUCAGAGGUGUCUGCAAAUUUAUUGUACAAAAAGCUAAAAAAAAAGUAUGAGAAGGAGAUGUGCCUCUGUAACUGGAGUUAAAUUCUGGAAUGAUGCCAACAUAAAUCUAAAAACAUGUCAUUCUUUUUUGGUUUUUAGGAAAAUGGUUUGUAAAGCUAUUUUUGAAUCUUAUAAGUGCGAUCAAUUAUCUGUUGUUGUGGUUUUAUCUGCUUUUCUGGAGGUCAGCAGCCUAAAGAGUUGACAAUACAGGAUAGGCGUUUAUACGCAGUCUGCUUCUGCCUUUUCAGUCAAUAUUCAACACAUGAUUCUUGAUGUAGUGAUUUUGUGUGAAGUGUCAAUAUUGUGUACAAUAUUUGGUGUUGUCAUGACUGAAUAAACGACGACUACUACUACAAAACACCUGAAGACCUGAAUCAGCUGUCUGAUCACAUUUUCUCCAAUCUGACUCGACUGUCAGCAUUUCAAAGGAGAAAAUAGCCCAACUUUCUGGGGAGGUUUCUGGGGAGGCAGGAGCAGCGCUGUGUGACAUCUUAAUUUAUGUGUGCAGUCUGGUUAAUGACACACUACAUGAUGUGAGAGGCAGGGCUGCACACUGUUAACAGUUUCAGUAUUUCCCUGAAAGCAGAGGAUGUACAUAUUUAAUGACGUUUGUUUGUUUUUGAGGACAUGACUAUGAUUCACUUGAACUGAGGUUUUAAUUUAUGUGCAAUUAAUUCACACUCUGCUGAGCUGCUCAAAACAGUCUUCAAAGAUUACACUCAUGUAUGUUGCUGUUGACUUUCCAGAGAAUCUGGAGCGUAUCAUGGAGAUUGCCAAGCUGAGGGCCAUGCAGAAAAAGGCGCGGUUUGCCAAGUUGAAGAUCUGCGUUUACAAGGAGGAGAUGCCAAUAACACCUUACGAGCGUCCUCUUUUUAACUCUUUGCGUUUCGAGCGCUCAGACAGCGAGGCCAAGCUCUUUGAGCAUCACUGCGAGGUGGAUGUUUCCUUCGGACCUUGGGAGGCAGUGGCGGAUGUUUAUGACCUGCUGCACUGCAUCGUCAGUGACCUGGCUGAACGCGGCAUCACUGCAGAGCAGCAGUGCAUCGGUGUCUGUGACAAACACCUCAUCAACCAUUAUUACUGCAAGAGGCCCAUCUAUGAGUUUAAGAUCACAUGGUGGUGA